AUGCGCUUCUCAUCAGCCCUUCUUCUGGCGCUCCCGGCGCUUGCGCUGGCCGAGGACCAGGUCCCGAUUCUCGACAAGGUGAAGGGAUAUCUAAAUAUGGCGAAGGAUGCUAUCUCAUCAGCAGUCCCCGCCGCACCUUCACCUCUCGAUGCCGGUGUCGCCAAGGUCGCGUCCAAGGUGCAGCACAGCCUGACGACUGAGAACUGGAAGCAGGUGUUGACUGUAGAUCCAACGGCCAGCGCACCAACGACGCAGGACUGGAUGGUCUUCAUAACAGGCGGCAACGUAACGUGCUAUGGCUUUUGUGGAAAUGCGAGUAAAGCGUGGAAUGAGUCAGUGGCCGCCCUUUCAGCAACCCCCAAAGCGCCCAACUUCGCCGUGCUUGACUGCGAGUCGCAGCCUAUUCUCUGCAAUUCGUGGUAUGCCGGCCCUCCUUCAAUCUACUACAUGCAGAUUCCAAAGCCGCUGGCGGAUCAGUCCGCACCGCUGCCCACUGUUCGCUUCAUCCCUCUGAACCGCACCUCUGUUACGGGCCCUCAACUCACCAAGCUCGUUACCAACAAGGAGUACGAGAAUACUGCGCCAUACGAGGGCCCGUGGCAUCCGUUCACUGGCCUGCUUCAACAGUACAACUUGGCCAUUCCGGUUGGAUACGUUCUGUGGGGAUUUUCGAAGAUGCCGUCUUGGUUGCCCAUGAUUCUCAUCUCGUUCAUGAGCAGGUCGUUUAUGUAA